GGUACAACAUAUGGUUAGUUAUUCUAAUCAAACACUUCUUAUCUUAUUCCUGAUAGUUACAUUUUAGGUACUAAACAUGCACUGAAUUUUGUUGUCCUUAGUUGCGACGGUUAGUUAAGUGGAACAUAACAUCAACAAACAUGUAACAUUCGCUGGGCACUUCAAAUGAAAAUUCAACUAAAGGAACAUGCUUUCAUUGUAUCAUCAGUUUGUGGUUCCUACAUCCCAAAAGUUCAAAUAUUCAGUUGCGCUUCUUCACUCUCCCUCUUGGAGUUCCAUAGCAGACCCACUCAACCUCGCUACGCUCCUACAAGGUCACAUUCCUCAUUCUAAACUUCUUCAAAUUCACGCACGAGUUUUCCUACUUGGUGCACACCAAGACAACCUCGUAGCCACGCGCCUCAUCGGCCACUACCCAUCACCAAUUGCUCUUCGGGUCUUUCACCAUCUCCAAAAUCCAAACAUUUUCCCUUUCAAUGCCAUCAUCAGAGUCCUCGCCCAAGAGGGUCAUUUUUUUCACGCCGUUUCCGUCUUCAACCAUUUGAAACGGCGUCCACUUUUCCCCAACGACUUAACCUUCUCUUUUCUGCUUAAGGCAUGCUUUCGGUCCAAAGAUGUCCGUUAUGUCGAACAAAUUCAUGCCCACAUUCACAAGAUUGGUUUCCUUUCCAAUUCUUUUGUUUGUAAUGGGUUGGUUUCUGUCUACGCCAAAGGCUUUAAAAAAUUAUUAUCUGCCCGUAAAGCGUUUGAUGAAAUUCCUGACAAAAGGGUUGUUAGCUGUUGGACUAACUUGAUCACUGGUUUUGCUCAGUCUGGUCAGAGUGAAGAGGUUUUGCAGCUUUUCCAUGACAUGAUUAGGCAGAACUUGCUUCCCCAAAGUGAUACCAUGGUCAGUGUUUUAUCGGCUUGUUCUAGCCUUGAGAUGGCAAAAAUUGAGAAAUGGGUUUGCAUUCUUUCAGAAUUAAUUGAUGACGGCGUGAAUCCUAGAGAAACUUGCCAUGAUUCGGUUAAUACGGUGCUGGUUUAUUUGUUUGGUAAAUGGGGGAGGAUUGAGCAGAGUAGAGAAGGGUUUGACAGAAUUUCUGCAUCAGGAAAAAGAAGUGUGGUUCCUUGGAAUGCUAUGAUAAGUGCAUACGUUCAGAAUGGUUAUCCUAUGGAGGGUUUAAGGCUUUUCCACAUUAUGGUAGAAGAACAAACCACUAGACCUAAUCAUAUCACAAUCGUUAGUGUGCUUUCAGCCUGUGCUCAAAUUGGUGAUUUGAGUUUUGGUAGUUGGGUUCACGAGUACCUAAUAUCUCUAGGACAUAAAGACACCAUUGGGUCAAACCAAAUUCUCGCCACAUCUUUAAUUGACAUGUACUCUAAAUGUGGCAAUUUGGACAAGGCAAAGGAAGUUUUUGAGCAUACAGCCUCCAAAGAUGUUGUCUUAUUCAACGCAAUGAUCAUGGGUCUUGCAGUGUAUGGUGAAGGAGAGGAUGCGUUGAGACUCUUCUACAAAAUGCCAGAUUUUGGGUUACAACCCAAUGCUGGAACGUUUCUUGGUGCUUUAAGUGCAUGCAGUCACUCUGGGUUGCUGGAGAAAGGACGCCAGAUAUUCAGAGAACUGACCCUUUCCACUACUCUUACGUUGGAACAUUUUGCUUGCUAUGUUGAUCUCCUUGCAAGAGUAGGAUGCGUAGAAGAAGCUAUUGAGGUUGUGACUUCCAUGCCUUUCAAGCCUAACUAUUUUGUCUGGGGUGCUUUGCUUGGAGGCUGCUUGCUCCAUUCUAGAGGAGAGCUGGCCCAAGAGGUUUCUAGGAGGCUUGUUGAAGUAGAUCCAUAUAGUUCUGCGGGCUAUGUUAUGUUGGCAAAUGCACUUGCAUCUGAUAGUCAAUGGUGUGAGGUCUCAGAGCUGCGGAUGGAAAUGAAAGAGAAGGGGAUCAAGAAACAACCAGGAAGUAGUUGGAUUAUUGUGGAUGGAGUUGUACAUGAAUUUCUUGUUGCCUGUUUGUCACAUCCUAAAAUUGAGGAGAUAUAUCAUACAUUGGCUGGAUUGGUGAAGCAUAUGAAAGUAGCAGCCCAUUAUCAGCGUGUACUGUUAUUAGAUAACCUGUGAUUACAGGAACAGUGUCCCACAUGUUAUUAUUUUUUUUUCAAAGCUUGCUAAUUGGGUUAGAUUUAGUUGCUAGGAAUUAUAAUUCAGUGAUUUGUUAGUCUUUGAACAA